GUAAGCGGGUUGAAACUGAAUCGUGGCUACAUGUUGAUGGAGCAGAAAUGUCUCUAGUGAACUGGGAGACGUGAGAGGACUGAUUACUGGGAACACGGACUUUUCUUACCCGAAUCUGAAUGAAAUCGUGUCAAGCUGGUACCAUUAGCUGGAGGUUUUGGUGCGACACAUCCUAGUUCUUAGCAAGGCGAGCAUUGGGUACAAAUUGUUAAUUACUGAUUUUUAUGUGCUUGGGCGGGUUUUACACGUAUAUGCCUAUUAGGUGGGUACUGGAUCCUGUUGAUAAAAGGAUCCUUGUGGGUGGAUCUCGGUUACUGUUGUAGGUUUUAGAUUUUUCUGUAAUGCAUCUUUUCUUUCAACUGAGGAACGUUAGUGAAGGAGCGUUUCUGUAAUGUGUGUAGGGUGUCUGUGCCAGUUUGAUUAUAUAACACUUCAGGUACGUAGAAAGAUAUCCUUGUGUUAUAGGAUGUAAAAGCAAAUAAUAAAUAGACACAGGAAUAUAUACAUUAAUCACGUUCUCUUAGCUAAAGCAGUUCUGGAGAAGUUACAGUAGAUAAAUUAGACCACUGCACGCCCCUUGGAAGACCACGCUUGGCAGGGCCAACCAACCGCAGUUCAUGUUUCGACAAGAAGUCAGCGUCCUCUCAUUCAUUCCGUCCUGUUCGUACCUGUUCCAAUACGAGAAAAGGAACAUGUCCCGUUACAAUAUUUACAGCCUGUUGGACUGGAUGUAUGGUGGAGUGGACCCCAAAUUUGAGGGGAACGGAGGCCCCGAGUGCGCCGCCUUUAUUCUCCCUCGGCAGCGCGCCUGCGAGACCCUCAUCUUCACCCUGCUGUCAGUGGCAGAGGUAAUUCUAGCAUUGCGCAACAUCAACAUCUCUAAAGCUCACAGAGAUGCCAUCAGAGACACCAGAAGACAGAAGGAGGACAGUCUUGGCAAGAAUCUGUUGCUGGCAGCCUUAUGUGUGACUUUCGGUGUCGAGGUGGGCUUCAAGUUUGCAACCAAGACUGUGAUCUACCUGCUGAACCCAUGUCAUGUGGUCACCAUGAUACAGAUCUUCCUGUUGGCCUGUCCUCCCGGUAAGACAGCUAUGAUCAUAUUUAGGCUGCAGGUCCACAUGCUAAACGGUGCACUGUUAGCUCUUCUUUUCCCUGUGGUCAACACAAGACUACUUCCAUUUGAAAAAGAGAUCUACUACAUUCAGCACUCCAUGCUCUACCUGGUACCUAUAUACCUCUUCAGAAAAGGAGGUGUGUAUAAACCAGAAGCAUUAAGAGACAUGUGGUGGGCGCUGUUAUCCACAGGCAUCCUCUUCUUUUAUCAUUUUGUGUUCCUGCAGGGCCUGGGAAUGGUGACGGAGGUGAAUUUGAACAACAUGCUGUGCCCAGCUGUGUCCGAUCCGUUUUAUGGGCCGUGGUACCGCGUGUGGGCGGUCGCUCACCAAACGGCGCUGACAUUGGUGCACGGCAAAGCACUCACGGUCAUCUCCCAGUACGUCAUGCCUGCCCUGGGCCACCUGCUUCACUCCGCCCGUCAGCGCUCCAAGAAGAUCGACUGAUGCACAACAGUUACUUGCCUUGCCUUUUGUUAAUGGUCAGCUCAUUUACAACAGAAACUUUCUUCUUCAGUUGCCUUUAACAUUUUAGUUUCGGCUGAUUUAACUUGAACAGUUAUGGAAGGCCAAUCCAGUGAUUUCUCAGUUCAUGGAUGGUUCAUGAACUGGAUCAUUGUUUGUAUUGUCUUUGCAACAGUGGACAAAUGAUAGAUGUUGAAGCAGUCCCACUUGGAAAGUAAUUUCUUUUAGAUUCUAAUGUGUGAGUCCUUAAGGAGUAAAGGGUGUACAAGCAUUUGGGACCCAGCCCAACUAAAUAAGUACUCACAUAUUUUCUGUUGCACCAUUAAGGAACCAACUACAGCAUGUUACACUCAAACACCUUUUCCUUCUUUAUUUGAAAUGUAUUAAGUAAGUGAGCAGUUUGAUUACCCAGACACAGAAUCUGCUUCUCCUGGGUAACCAGACUAGAUAUUUGUCCACGCCUGCAUCUAUUUGCAUUUUAAUCAGUAAUGUUGCCAAUUAGGAAGUUUGUAUUUAAAGACAUUCAGUGUACUCGUUGUGGUUAACGUGUUGUAGCUAGUGUCAGUGUAAUAUUGUAUCUGUAACGGCGAUGCGUGGUGCUUUUAUGUUUUCUGCUCUCGAAUCUUCUCAACAAAUUAAAGGUCAGAUUUUAGAGUGGUUGAGUAUAACCAUGUUACCAUGUUACUUCUAAUAACUCCCACUGAAUCUACCAGGUAAAGCUGUGGUUACACUAGUGACAUACUGUAUGUUUUAAUGGUAUUUGACAUCUCUUAUGAAUUUCAUUUAAAGGUAAACGUCUAUUUGCACUCUUGCCUUACCGCAGACUGUCUUGUUAGAAGCUUUGCCAGAAGGCCGCUCAGGUGGCGCAGCGGUAAAAACCUGCUAGCACACCAGAGCUGGGAUCUCGAAUACAUCGUAUCGUAUCGAAUCUCGGCUCUGCCAUCCGGCUGACAUGAACAAUGAUUGGCCUGUUGUUUAUAUAGGGGUGUGGGGUAUUAAGCCGGAUAGGGUCUCCUCGUGACUGAUGCGACUGCGACCUCUGCUGGCUGAUUGAUGGCGCCUGCACAGAGGUGGGGAAAAAGUGCGUUGAUCAGGGUGUGUCUCUCCGUACACAAGGCUGAUUCGCAUAUAUACACUCGCCUAGUGUGGGUGAAAAGAUGCAUACGGCUGCUGCCCACGUGUCGGAGGGGGCGUGGGUUAGCUUCGUUCUCCUCAAAUCAGAGCGGGGGUCAGCAUUGGGGGAGAGGAAGCGUGAAGCAAUCGGGCAAUUGGACGCGCUAAAAAGUCGGGAGAAAAAGGGGAGAAAAUGCAUAAACAAAAAAUAAAAAUUAAUUAAAAAAUGAAAACAUAAAUGGUAUUCAUGUUAGCUGAAAUUGUAUUUAGCUAAUUAGUUGUAUACUUUAAAAAGGAUAGGACUUCUGAUUCAGCAUAACCAAACCCAAACACCAUUGAAGUGCCUGCUAGCAGCAAGCAGAGGUAGUGCAGCACUGUGAGGUGAAAACAGUUGAGUUGACACGUUUACCUGCAUUCAGAUCGCCAACCAGACCUGAAAGUGAAGCUUCACGUUAUAACACAGCAAAUGCUAAAUAGACAAAGUGAUACAAAACCUUGUGUCACCCUAGUGACCACGGAAAAUAUCAUCCAAUAAAUCUGUAAAUACUAUAAUACAGUUAACAUAUUUGUAGUUGGUUAAAAGGAUAAUUUAGAUGGUGUAGCUGUCUUGUCCACUUUUGUAACUGUUUUAGGUAGCUUUUAUCAUAUAUUGCAUACAAAACGAGUACAAAACAUACACAGUUUGAUUUGAACUCCAGUGUAAAAUAUAGCUUAGAGAAUCAGAAUUGGUUAAAAUGUGAAGGAAACCACCAUGAUAAACAAUUUCUGUUUUUAAAUCUCCCGGUAUGAUGAUGACCUUUUUCUGGUGUAACAACAGCUUUACAGAGUGUAAGUAGAUAUAAAAUGACUAUCAAACUGCAUUUCUAAAUACGUUUUAUAUGGAACUUUUGUAACAUCAUUUUUGUUCUGUCAAGGCCAUUUUACAAACAUCUGUUCAUCUAUGUAUUAUAUUUGCGAUUUUUUCUGUUUGAGUUAAAGUUUUUCUUGUAUUGCACAUUAACAUACAUGUUAAAGGAAAAGUGGUGUCCAACAUGACAGAGGUCUAGAGUUAGUAUAGAUUGUAACUUUUUUUUUUUUAACUGUGACAAUGUCUCUGACCUGUUAGAUCACUCUUAGACUCUGUUCUCAGCCAAGAAACUUUUUUAUCAGUCGUAUUCUAGGGUUUUUAUUAACCUCAAAAAAGGGAACCGAGGCAUUUGCGGAUGUUACAUUUGCUUGUACAUAAAAGUGUAAUUCAUGAAUGAAUCACUGCAGAUUUAAUGUAAGUGCUGUUGCUCUGCCAGAUAUGAAGUACGUCAUGAACCAGUACUGACUGUUCUCAGUUCAGUGAUUUUAGUUAGUGUAUCAUAACAGGCUUCUACUGGAAUCCAGAUGGUGUUUUCUUAAACUGUCUGUGUAUCGCAAUGAUUGAAAGGGAGAUUUGUAGAUUUUUUUGUACAUAUUUUGGUGAAGUACUGUACUAAACCAUGUUACAAAAAUAAAGUUCCUCCACCUA